UUGCAGAUAGCGGCUCAGGCAGUGUUAUUUAUGUGUAUGAACACUGCAGGAAUCUUCAUUAGCUACCUAUCAGACAGAGCACAACGUCAAGCCUUCCUGGAGACCAGAAGAUGUGUAGAAGCCAGACUGAGACUAGAGACAGAAAAUCAGCGACAGGAACGGCUGGUGCUUUCUGUCUUACCACGGUUUGUAGUCCUUGAAAUGAUAAACGAUAUGACCAACGUAGAAGAUGAACAUUUGCAACACCAGUUUCAUAAGAUCUACAUUCAUCGUUAUGAGAAUGUCAGCAUUCUUUUUGCGGAUGUUAAAGGAUUCACCAACCUCUCCACAACUCUGUCAGCCCAGGAGUUGGUCCGAAUGCUGAAUGAACUCUUUGCCAGAUUUGAUCGACUAGCACAUGAACAUCAUUGUCUCAGAAUAAAGAUCCUGGGGGACUGUUACUACUGUGUGUCGGGGCUCCCAGAACCUCGCCAGGACCAUGCACACUGCUGUGUUGAAAUGGGGCUCAGCAUGAUCAAAACUAUCAGAUACGUUAGGUCAAGAACGAAGCAUGACAUUGACAUGAGAAUUGGGAUACAUUCAGGAUCGGUUCUGUGUGGAGUGCUGGGCCUGCGAAAGUGGCAGUUUGAUGUCUGGUCAUGGGACGUGGAUAUUGCAAAUAAACUCGAGUCAGGUGGAAUUCCUGGGAGAAUUCACAUCUCCAAAGCCACUCUGGACUGCCUGAACGGGGAUUAUAAAGUUGAAGAAGGGCAUGGCAAAGAGCGUAAUGAAUUCUUGAGGAAACAUAACAUUGAGACAUAUUUAAUUAAACAACCUGAGGAGAGUCUGUUGACUUUGCCUGAAGAUAUUGUGAAAGAGGCUGUCAGCUCCUCUGACAGGAGAAACAGUGGAGCAACAUUUACCGAAGGAUCCUGGAGCCCUGAACUUCCAUUUGAUAACAUAGUGGGAAAACAGAACACUCUGGCUGCCCUAACAAGAAAUUCAAUAAAUCUGCUUCCAAACCAUCUUGCACAAGCUUUGCAUGUCCAGUCUGGGCCUGAGGAAAUUAACAAGCGAAUAGAGCACACCAUCGACUUACGGAGUGGCGAUAAAUUGAGAAGAGAGCAUAUCAAGCCUUUUUCACUGAUGUUUAAAGACUCCAGCCUGGAGCAUAAGUAUUCACAAAUGCGGGAUGAAGUGUUCAAAUCAAACCUGGUGUGUGCAUUUAUUGUUCUUGUAUUUAUCACCGCUAUCCAAAGCUUACUUCCUUCUUCCAGGGUGAUACCAAUGGUUGUUCAGUUUUCUAUUCUGAUUAUGCUGCACUCUGCUCUUGUGCUAAUCACUACAGCAGAGGAUUACAAAUGUUUGCCCUUAAUGCUCCGGAAAACUUGCUGCUGGAUUAAUGAGACCUACCUGGCCAGGAAUGUCAUUAUAUUUGCAUCCAUUCUGAUUAAUUUCCUUGGAGCCAUCAUCAAUAUCCUAUGGUGCGAUUUUGACAAACCAGUAGCCCUGAAGAACCAGACGUUCAAUUCAUCUGCAUCUUUUACGGACAUCUGUUCCUAUCCUGAGUAUUUUGUCUUCACUGGUGUGCUGGCAAUGGUGACUUGUGCAGUCUUUCUUCGUCUCAACUCUGUCCUGAAGCUGGCAGUACUUCUCAUCAUGAUUGCGAUCUAUUCUCUGCUGACUGAGACCAUUUACGCUUCCCUUUUUCUACAGUACGACAACUUUAACCACAAUGGAGACACAGACUUCCUGGGUACAAAGGAGGCAUCUUUACUACUGAUGGCAAUGUUCCUUUUAGCUGUAUUUUAUCACGGUCAACAGCUCGAAUACACAGCAAGGCUGGAUUUUCUGUGGCGUGUUCAAGCAAAAGAAGAAAUCAAUGAAAUGAAGGAGUUAAGGGAGCACAAUGAAAAUAUGCUACGCAAUAUUUUACCCAGCCAUGUUGCCCGUCACUUCCUGGAGAAGGAUCGGGAUAAUGAUGAAUUAUACUCUCAGUCCUACGAUGCUGUUGGUGUGAUGUUUGCUUCUAUUCCUGGAUUUGCUGACUUCUAUUCCCAGACUGAGAUGAAUAACCAAGGAGUAGAAUGUCUGCGCUUGCUGAAUGAAAUCAUUGCAGACUUUGAUGAGUUACUAGGUGAAGAGAGAUUUCAAGAUAUCGAAAAAAUUAAAACGAUUGGCAGCACAUACAUGGCGGUGUCAGGAUUAUCACCUGAAAAACAGCAAUGUGAAGACAAAUGGGGGCAUCUGUGUGCUCUGGCCGACUUCUCCAUCGCUCUGAAUGAAAGCAUACAGGAGAUCAACAAACAUUCGUUUAACAAUUUUGAACUCCGUAUUGGGAUUAGCCAUGGCUCUGUUGUAGCGGGAGUUAUCGGUGCUAAGAAACCCCAAUACGAUAUCUGGGGCAAAACAGUAAAUUUAGCAAGUCGAAUGGACAGCACAGGUGUCAGUGACAGAAUACAAGUGCCUGAAGAAACGUAUCUGAUCCUGAAGGACCGGGGAUUUGCCUUCGACUACCGAGGAGAGAUUUACGUCAAAGGUAUCAGUGAACAAGAAGGAAAAAUCAAAACAUAUUUUCUUCUAGGAAGAGUUCAACCAAAUCCUUUAAUCUUACAACCAAGAAAACUGACUGGACAGUAUUCAUUAGCAGCUGUUGUAUUAGGACUUGUACAGUCUCUUAACAGGCAAAAACAGAAGCAAAUCCUUAAUGAGAACAACAACUCUGGAAUCAUAAAAGGACAUUAUAACCGGAGGACUUUGCUCACUCCUGGUGGAUCUGAGGCAGCAGUCCAGGCGGAAGGGGCUGACAAAACUGAAUUGCCAUAAUCACCAUUUUGUUUGUGUUCUUUUUUUUUUUGUAUUUCUUUUAUAUAUAAAAAUAAAUAUACAAAUAAAAAGGGUUUAAAUUUUUUUA